UCGUCUUAAAAAAAUUUAACUAAAAGCUAAAUUAUACAGAACAUAGAUUCACAUUUAAGCAAAGCAAGAACUUGAGCUUCUUAGUCUAGGUAUUGAUUCAUUGCUUGUUUUUUUUAUUUUUUAUUUUACAACUACUAGAACAAAAGUUCCAUCCCUAAGUACAACUGAAUUUCACACGGCUUAACAGAAUUAAAUAAUAUAAAAACAAAUCAAAAAUGUCUGUUCUACGACAAUUUCAUAAAAUAAGUGCAAGUACAGCAAAACUCACACUGUAUGCAAGUAACCCAAAAACACAAACUAGGGCUUUAAAUUAUGCACAAUUCCAGUUGCAAUUGCAAUAUUCUGCAACCAAAACACAAUCAGCUGUUCCAAGAAGCAAAAACAACAGCAACAUAUACACGUGCAUUUGUCGCAGCUUACACUGUACUCAGACGGUGAAAGAUGCUGAUAAGACUGUGGCCACCAAUAGCGUUCCUCUGGCGAAACUGGAAUCCAAGAUGCAGUUGAUCUACACCUGCAAAGUGUGCAAGACGCGGAACAUGAAGACCAUUUCGAAGGUGGCCUACCAGCGCGGUGUUGUCAUUGUGACCUGCGAAGGCUGCUCCAAUCACCAUUUGAUCGCAGACAAUCUCAACUGGUUUACGGAUCUGGAGGGCAAGCGCAACAUCGAGGAGAUUCUGGCCGAGAAGGGCGAGAAGGUGAUCCGCCUGACCGAUGGCAACUGCGAGUUUCUGCCUAGAAAUGAUUAAAAUUGUAUUGUAAUCAACUGAA